AUGGUGUCUCCUAUCCACUCUGUUGUAACUGUUUCCAACAUUAAAAACUUUAUACCCGUAACCUUGGACAUUGAAUCUGGCCAUUACACAAGCUGGUCGGAGCUUUUCAAGAUUCGUUGUAAGGUGUUUCAAGUUUGUGAUCACCUAAAAUUUAAACUUAUUUCUGCCACCUCCUCUUCUGACAAAGACGAGGCAACAGUUCCCACCGAAUCAUGGCAAAGAUUGGAUUCCAUUGUUUUGCUGUGGAUAUAUAGGACCAUCUCUACAGAUCUUCUACAUACCAUUCUAAAACCAGAUAUUACCGCCUUUGAUGCAUGGCCAGCUCUUGCAAAUCUGUCCCAAGACAACAAAGCUACAAGAAAAGUUGAUUUGAAUAACAAGGUUGCUACUACAAGACCGGAUCAAUUCCCUAGUAUGUCAGCUUACUGUCAGGCCAUGAAAGUCAUCGUUGACCAACUCACCAAUGUCGGCUCUCUGAUUAAUGAUAAGCAACUUGUUCUUCAACUUCUAACAGGGAUGAUCAUGCAAUAUGAGGGUAUAGCCAUGAUUAUUCAGCAAUCCAAACCCCUACCAAGUAAGGAACGAUGCUCAAGCCGCUGGAACCGCAUUAACUACUAUUACUAA